AUGGCGGCCAAUGACUACUACAACACGUCCUACCCGCCCACGGGCCCCACGACCGGCCAUGCCACCGCCGCCAGCCCCCACGACCGAACAGACGCGCCGCUCCCGCCGCUGCCAGGCAAGCAGCCGCCGCAGCACGUCGUGUCGCCCGUCGUCUCGCCCUUUGAGGACCACAGCUACCCGCCCUACCCUCUCCAUGCCAACACAUCCACACACUCGUCGGGCGCCUUGGGCGGCCACCCAGACACUUCCUACCACGGCCACCCAGACACUUCCUACCAGGGCCACCCAGACACGUCCUACCACGGCCCGCCCCAGUACGGCCACAACACCUUCGCCAGCCCCUACGACACACCGCCCGCGCAUCCAGGCCAGCGCGACCCCUUUGCCGACCAGAAUGCCAUUCCGCUGCAGACCAAGAUGAGCGGGAGCCUCACACACUACCACGCCGACCCCGAGGGCAUGUACCCGGCCCCCGAGAAGAAGCGGCGGCGGCCCAAGAAGAAGGAGGGCUGGUUCAGCGGGCGCAUCACGUGGGUCGUGUACACCCUGACCGUUGUGCAGAUUGGCGUCUUCGUCGGCGAGCUGAUCAAGAACGGCAUCCUGACGGGCUCGCCCAUCCAGACCAAGCCCAACUUCAACAUCAUGAUCGGGCCCUCGCCCUACGUCCUCAUCAACAUGGGCGCCCGCUUCACCCCUUGCAUGCACAACAUCAAGCAGGUCAUCGAGGCCGACGUCCAGUCCUGGCCCUGUCCCAACACCACCUCGCUCGACCCCGGCAGCCUGACGUGCUCGCUCAACGAACUCUGUGGCCUCGGCGGCAUCCCCGACCAGUCCGCCGUCCAAGACUUCAAUGACCGCUCCCACCAGCCCGACCAGUGGUACCGCUUCAUCGUGCCCAUGUUCCUGCACGCAGGUAUCAUCCACAUUGGCUUCAACAUGCUCCUCCAGCUGACCCUGGGCCGCGACAUGGAGAAGGAGAUUGGGCCCCUGCGCUUCGCCCUCGUCUACUUCAGCGCUGGCAUCUUCGGUUUCGUGCUCGGUGGAAACUACGCCGCCGACGGCAUCACCAGCGUGGGCGCAUCAGGCUCGCUCUUCGGCAUCCUAGCCCUGACACUGCUCGACCUCUUCUACAACUGGAGUUCGCGCCGCUCACCCAUCAAGGAUCUGCUCUUCCUCCUCCUCGACAUCGCCAUCGCCUUCGUCCUCGGCCUGCUCCCGGGCCUCGACAACUUCUCCCACAUCGGCGGCUUCCUGAUGGGCAUCGUCCUCGGCAUCUGCCUGCUCCACUCCCCGCAGUCCCUGCGCCAACGCACCGGCUCCGACGAGCCCCCCUACACGACCGUCGCCAACCCCGUCUCAGACCCGCAAGACGCCCCCGCCGCGCCCAUGGCCUCGACCAACCCCGUCGUCGGCCUCACCAAAUUCGCAAAACAGCCCGUCUCCUUCUUCAAAGGCCGCAAGCCGCUGUGGUGGGCAUGGUGGAUCCUGCGCGCCGGCGGGCUCGUCGCCGCCUUUGUCGGCUUCAUCCUGCUCCUCCGCAACUUCUACGAGUGGCGCAACACCUGCUCCUGGUGCAAGCACCUGUCGUGUUUGCCCAUCAAAACAAACGGCGUGGACUGGUGCGACAUGGGCGGUCUGAAUCUCACUACCACCACCACUACAAAUCAGAACUCUCGACGCGCCCUCUUUGGCGCUGCCGUUGAUUUGGGCGGGCUGGCUAUGGACAGUCUUGUCUCUUAUUAG